UCUGUAUUAUCGUCUUCUUCUCUAGCCACCACAAAAACUCACUCAACUACCUAUCGUUUCUCCUCUGUCACAAACAAUGCAAUCUCAUAUUAUUAUCAUCAUCAUCACAGCGCCAUAGAAAGAAAGAUAGAACAAAAUUCAAUUCAUAAUAACUGCAUUUGAUUUCUACUAUGAUUCUAAACGUAUCCACUCCUUCCUUCUCUCGCUUACUUCCUCUCCAUUCUUCUUCUUUUGCUCUGUUGAAACUAUCUGAAACCUAUUCCAACCACACUGCAACCACCAAUCCCCUUCUCUUGUUCCCCUCAAAACCACCGAGGUUCCUCAACGUCAAAGCUUCUAUCAGCGAAAGCCAAAAUGAAACCUCCAAUUCCAACCUAUUGGAUCAACAGCUUCUUCUCCGACUUGCCGCCGCCGCCAAAGACGCUGACGAAGCAUUGCAGAUAAUCGCCGAUAAUUCUUCCACUAACGCCGGCGUCGUUUCCAAUUCUGAUUGUUGCACUAUUAUAUCCGCUGCUCUUGAUCGGAAUAAUCCCCAACUUGCUUUGUCCGUUUUCUAUGCCAUGCGCUCCACUUUUCAUGAAGUUGGUGAGAGUGGUUCUUUAGUAGUUGAGAGAUGGAAGUGGUCAAGGCCAAAUGCACGUGUUUAUACAUUGUUGAUUCAGGGUUUGGCGUCUUCUUUGAGGGUUUCUGAUGCUCUUAGCGUGAUUAAAUAUAUCUGUGAGGUGGGCGUGUCUCCUUCUGAGGAGGUCCCCUUUGGGAAGAUAGUUAGGUGUCCUAGUUGUCAGAUAGCUGUUGCAGUUGCACAGCCACAGCAAGGUAUUCAGAUAGUGUCUUGUGCAAAAUGUCGCUACCAAUACGAACUUGUUUCGGGAAACAUAGUCGGUAUUCAAUCAGAAGAAAUCAGCAUGGACGUUACAGCAUGGGAAAAGGGGUUAAGAUUCCUGAAAUUGAUGAAGCAAAGCAUUCCUUCUGCUGUUCACUCUAUUGUGGUGCAGACACCUUCUGGUAUGGCUCGUACUCACAGAUUUGCAACUGAGACAGUAGACCUGCCAGCACAAGAAGGCGAAAGGGUAACUGUUGCUGUGGCAGCUCCAUCAAAUGUAUAUAGAAAGCUAGGGCCCUUUAAAGUCAGUUCAAGGACCCCAGAUUUCUAUCCUGGUGAGGCUAUGUGCAUAACAAACCACAAAGAUGGACGGGAAUCACGCCUUGUAAGAGCCCCUAGAAAAGAUGAAAGUUCAUCAUUACUUAAACCCUCCAUCCUCUUUCCACUUCUUGCUUUGUUUGCCACCGGUGAUGCUGCCUCUGGAUUUAUUGACCCCAGCCUGCCUCAAUUCCUAUCAGUUGUUGCAGUUUCAUCACUUGCUGUUGGCUCUGCAUUGAAUUCCUUUGUUUUACCCCAGUUUAAUCAGCUUCCGCAAGGGUCGGUGGAAGUAAUUGCUAUCAAACAGCGUCUUUUAUCUCAAUAUGACGUGCUUCAGUCUCGCAUCAAUGACCUAAAAGAAGCUGCUGAAAAAGAGGUUUGGAUGUUAGCCCGGAUGUGCCAACUUGAGAAUAAAAUUUCAGCUGUUGGAGAACCUUCUUAUCGGACUCGAAGAAGUAAAGUCAAAAGGGUCCGAGAGAGCCUGCAAAACUCCCUCCGCGGACGAAUUGAAUUGAUAGCUAGCUAUGCUAGGAUUUCCUCAAUGAUUGAAAUUGAAGUGGAGAUGGAAACUGAUGUUCUUGCUGCUGAAACUACUACUGAUGUGGAUGGUAUCACAGAACAGAUAGAGCAAAUCAUGGAACUUGAAAAAUUAGAGGAGAGAUGGAAAAUGCAAGCAGAAGCAAAUGAUGAGGCCGAAAGACUUCUUAGUUCCCAGCCUGUGCCUUUGGACGAAGUUUAAAGAUUUAUGGAUGCAUCUGAUUCACUGCUGCAUCAUUAGUUGAAACCCCACUUCCCUGCUCAAUGAUCUGUUCUUGACUGAGCAAAAGAGCAGCUUCCAGUCACCUCCACCUUUUUAGCGGGCAUAUUUUAAAAUUUUGGUAUCUUAGAACAAUUGCCAUCAUUAUGUCUCAAGAAGGACUGCCUUGUAUAUAUGCUAAAAAAUAUGGCCAUGUGUGAAUUAACAUUAGUCAAUUAUUCAAAAUGUGUCCAUUGAAUUGUUAAUACCUCAAAUAUGGAAGUUAUAUAUUAUAUAAUGAUAACACUUGACCUAUUGCUAGACAUCGGAUUGGAUUUUUUACGUGAACGAUCCCAUGAUAAUAGGUUGUGCUAUUGAGAAGUUGAUACUCAUCUAAUAAUAAAUUUGAUUUCUCAUUAGGUAAUUUGCACACUGAAAACAUAGCUAUCAGGGUAGUUUCUUCCUACGUUCGCAGCAGGUUGAUACGUGUGGUAUGUUUUGGGAUGUCGUUUGGAAAUUGCCUGUGUGAUUCAAGGUAUAAAGCUUUCUCUGGCAUGCUGCAUUUGUGAAUAGGUGAAUGCUCGUGAGUUUAAUUUGAGGCAGUCUGCCACAAGGUUGAGCUUCUUUGAGUGGUUUUUCUAUCUUUGUGAGGAGCUGGAUUCAUGCAGAGCUCUUUGUUUGGCAUGAUAGUGUGGAGCUUGUGGACAAAAGAGUAACAUCCAGUUAUGGAAAUAACAGGUUGAAUCACCA